GGUACCUGUGGUUGGCCCGACACUUGGCUGUCGAAAGUGCCGGCCCCCGCGCCGGCGUCCGCUGCAGCCGGGUGGGAAGGCUCAAGAUGGCGUGCCUGUUGGAGACCCCAAUCCGCAUGAGCGUCCUCUCGGAAGUAACAGCUAGCAGUCGCCACUAUGUUGACAGGCUAUUUGACCCUGAUCCCCAGAAAGUUCUACAAGGUGUCAUAGACAUGAAAAAUGCUGUAAUUGGAAACAACAAGCAGAAAGCCAACCUCAUUGUUUUAGGAGCUGUCCCAAGAUUGUUGUACUUGCUUCAGCAAGAAACCUCAAGUACAGAGCUGAAAACCGAAUGUGCAGUGGUAUUGGGAAGUCUUGCUAUGGGUACUGAAAACAAUGUCAAGUCUCUAUUAGAUUGCCAUAUCAUCCCUGCCUUACUGCAAGGACUGUUAUCUCUAGACCUGAAGUUCAUUGAAGCUUGCCUUCGAUGUCUGCGCACCAUCUUCACCAGUCCCGUCACUCCGGAGGAGUUAUUGUAUACAGAUGCUACGGUGAUACCACACCUCAUGGCGCUGCUUAGCAAGUCCCGUUACACCCAGGAGUACAUCUGUCAGAUCUUCUCACACUGCUGUAAAGGUCCAGAUCAUCAAACAAUUUUAUUUAACCAUGGUGCAGUUCAGAAUAUUGCUCACCUACUAACCUCAGUAUCUUACAAAGUUCGAAUGCAAGCACUGAAAUGCUUCUCAGUUUUAGCUUUUGAAAACCCCCAGGUAUCGAUGACCCUGGUAAAUGUUUUGGUUGAUGGAGAAUUGUUACCACAAAUUUUUGUGAAGAUGUUACAGAGGGAUAAGCCUAUUGAGAUGCAACUCACAUCAGCAAAAUGUUUAACUUACAUGUGUAGAGCUGGAGCAAUUCGGACAGACGACAACUGUAUUGUAUUGAAGACGUUGCCAUGUUUGGUUCGCAUGUGCAGUAAGGAGAGAUUACUGGAGGAGAGAGUUGAAGGAGCUGAGACACUCGCCUAUCUGAUUGAACCAGAUGUCGAGCUACAGAGAAUUGCCAGCAUUACUGAUCACCUCAUUGCCAUGCUUGCUGACUAUUUCAAGUAUCCCAGCUCUGUGAGUGCCAUCACUGACAUUAAAAGGCUUGAUCAUGACUUAAAACAUGCUCACGAACUCCGCCAGGCUGCAUUCAAGCUCUAUGCCUCCCUUGGAGCAAAUGAUGAAGACAUCCGGAAGAAGAUCAUUGAGACUGAAAAUAUGAUGGACCGAAUUGUGACUGGCUUGUCUGAGUCUAGUGUCAAGGUGCGGUUAGCUGCUGUCAGAUGUUUGCACAGUUUAUCUAGAUCUGUGCAGCAGCUUCGAACCAGCUUCCAGGAUCACGCCGUGUGGAAACCUUUAAUGAAGGUUUUGCAAAAUGCACCAGAUGAAAUCUUAGUAGUAGCAUCUUCCAUGCUAUGUAACCUUCUUCUUGAAUUUUCUCCAAGCAAAGAGCCAAUUUUAGAAUCAGGAGCUGUAGAGCUACUUUGUGGAUUAACACAAAGUGAAAACCCCGCUUUACGAGUGAAUGGAAUUUGGGCUCUUAUGAAUAUGGCAUUUCAGGCUGAACAAAAAAUAAAAGCAGAUAUUUUACGAAGCUUGAGUACCGAACAGCUGUUCCGGUUAUUGUCAGAUUCAGAUUUGAAUGUGCUGAUGAAAACAUUGGGACUUCUUAGAAAUCUCCUCUCCACUCGACCUCAUAUAGAUAAAAUCAUGAGCACUCAUGGAAAGCAGAUUAUGCAAGCCGUCACUCUUAUUCUGGAAGGGGAGCAUAACAUUGAAGUCAAAGAACAGACACUGUGCAUCCUAGCCAACAUCGCAGAUGGCACAACGGCAAAAGAACUCAUAAUGACCAAUGAUGACAUCCUGCAGAAAAUCAAGUAUUACAUGGGUCAUUCACAUGUCAAGCUGCAGCUUGCCGCUAUGUUUUGUAUAUCAAACCUCAUAUGGAAUGAAGAGGAAGGGCCAAGACGGCGCUGCAGCAGUAUCUGGCGUGACGGGAGCAUCCGGGGCACCCGCAAGCAUCCCACAUCCUUGGUAAAGGAAGUACAGGAACUAGCCUCAUUUGAUUCCUUCUAUUUGCACAUGUCACCUUGGACUGCAGGGAGCUGUUUUGCAAAAGCAAUUUGGUAGGCUUAGAUCUCAAAUUCAUCUUGAGAACAUAUUUUUGAGGUAGUAAUUUCCUCAGAGGACUGUUGUGUUUUGUUUUGGGGGGGUUUUCUGAGCUACCUGGACUCUUUAUUAGAACAAUCAAUCAUUUUCCUUUGGACCUACAAUUUUUUGCCUAUGCUGCAGCCACUUUGUGAGUGAGAAUGAGUGUGUCUGUGCAUACACAGAUGUAUGUGUACGUGUGUGUGUGCACGUGAGUCAGGAUGAAUGGAUGUGUGUGUGAGGGGGAUACCUCAAAAUUUUCUUUUCUUAUUUUGUGUGAAAAUCUCUUUUCUACAGAUUUUCCAGGGUUUAAGCAUUGCUUGCUGUAUAAAAUAACUUUACUGAAUUAUAUACAGUUUGAAUGAAAUGUUAUUUUAAAAACAAAACAAUUGUUAAGUGUUCCAUAAAGGUUAUGUUGAAUUUUGAUCAGAUGAAUAUUUGUAAGUAAAAAAUAUAUGCAUUUCUGAACCUCAACUUACAUAGAUUUUCUUUAUAAAAGAACAAAGAAAAGAAAAAAAAAAGAAAAAGAAAAGGUUGGCUAUAGUUGGCCUGAAUAACAGGCACGAUAUAUGGUGCUGUGCAAAAUAGUAAGCUAGCAUCUUACUGCCGUCAAUAUCAGCCUAAUUCAAUAAGCUCUCAGACUUCCAGGUCGGAUGGACAGGGUGAAGGAGAGUGAGGGGACAGAGUCACCAUAGGUUUUUUGAAACAUCAAAGGGAAACAUACUACUGAUAGUGGAAGCCCAGCCAUAACUCUGGGCUGCCCUUGGCCGGAACUGGGCACAGAGUGCCUCCCAGCCGCCCUCAACCUGCCGUUGGUGCAGCAGUAUCUGGCAGGAUCUGAACCAGUCACAGAACCUUGUGCUCAAAACUAAAGUAGCUCCUCACUUCCUGGAAACAAAGUCUGGUCCCCUUGUGCUGCCUGAAGCAGCACACAUCGCUGUGAACCUCGAGAACGCUCUUCAGACCAUCUGUGGAAAGAAGCCAAGAGCAGGACAGUGUGGAAAGCUGUUUUCUCUUAGCGACACUGCUAUUGAGUGUCCUUUUGUAAAAGGAAAUAGGAAUGUUAGUGAGAGAUGCAGCUAAGAUCUUUUCCUGCAAGAAGCCAAAAACACUGAAGUUUGAGAGAAGGAAAGGGACUCUCCCUGGGAGGACCAAAGAGGAAUCCUUUCCACCUGCCGGGUCAGCUUCGAAGUGAACUCAACCGAGAUUGCUCUUGACUGAAGGUAGAACCAGCCUUCCUCUCCCUUUGUUAAAAGACGGUCAAAGGCACUGUGGCCAGGAAGGGAGUCUGCGGCCAGAAGCUUGCCGUGGGCACAUGCCACACAAGGUCCCGAGCCCACCAGCCACUCCUGAUGAGGUCGCGCACAUCGCGGGCACCCGCCACCAACCUGUACCUUCCUUGGAAGAUUCAAAUGUGUUUGAUUGCUGAUGAAUGUUUUUAAAUGUAUUUAACGCAAUUUUUCCUGUUCUCAACCUGACCACACGCGAUUCAAACACAGAGAUUUCCAAGUUGUUACUUUCUCAGAACAUCAUUGAUUUAAAAAUCUGUCCCAACAGGCACUUGGGUUUUGUGCAGCUGUCAGUGUGCUAAUGUGAGGACAUCCUUGCUUGGCACUUGUAACACAAAACAGUAUGGAGUUGGUAUUUAAAAGUACCAGGUAAAUACACAGAAACCAAUAACGAAUUGCUGAGACAAUCUUGAACCCAGAUAGCAUUAGGAAGCUAACGGCCCAAUGAAAUAACACGUUCACACUUAACCUCUGUGGAUAAAUCUUGCCUGUGGCUAUAAACAGAUGAUCAAAGAAAAAGUGCUUUACUAUAAUUAACUUUUCUGAUUUCAAUGAAGGAAAUGUAUUUAUUAAAACAAAGCUGUUUGCUGCUCUACACAGGUGCAGUGUUCUGUCAGCAAGAGGUGGGAGGAAUGGGAUGUGAUCUUGUGUCUUCACCCAAGUUCUUAACUAAGCUUCUCGCUCUCUCUAAUACUGCAUUCUGUUUCUCCUUUUGUGCCCUGAUUGUAACCCAAAACUUAUGAACUAGAAAAGAAUGUCCAGUUUAAUAAGUUGCAUUUUUUUCCCUUGAGCACUUUAUGUGGAACAAUACGUGUUCUCCUGGUAGUGUUUGAAUGAUAUGAUUUUAACACAUGCUAAUAAAAGCCAAGAAAGACCAUGGCAACUUCUAUAAA